CAACUCCCUGCCGUGUCCCGCUCUGCAUGCGCCUGGCUCUGCUGGGCCUGGCGACCGCCUCGGUCUCGCUCGGCGCCCAGGAGGACCUGACCUUGCACGGCCAGGACGGCUCCGUGAUCGUGGCGCUUGUUUCGGGGCUCAACCGGCUCUCCGAUGCCCUGGAGGAGCACCACGAAAAAUGCCUCAAGAAGGGAGCGCUCACGCCGGUCACGGAGGAGCACUUGGACAAUCUCCGCGAGCGCGUGAGGCGGCAGUGGGCGGAGCUCGGUGACCUCGAGCGGAACUUUGGCGCCUUGACCUCCAAGAUGAGCCAGAUGCUGAGGAAGCGCGUGCCUUACGCCAGGCAGGAACUCAAAGGCUGUGUCCCGCCCUUCUACGAGGUCGGCGGAGGAUGCUACUGGCUCCACAAGCGCCCAGGUUUGGGCUGGGACGACGCUCGGCGGCGCUGCCAGAGGGCGGAGGCGGACCUGGCGACGCCCGGCAACAUGCUCGUCCUCAGAGAUUACCUCCGGAAGCAGCAGAACCCAAGCUGGUCCAACGUGUGGGUGGGCGGCCGCGUGACGGCGUGGGGCAACUGGCGCUGGCUCAACAACUCGGCCAUCGUCAUGAACGAGCGCACGUGGUACCCCGUCAGCCGCUCCUUCCGCGCCGACUGCGUGGCCCUCGCCGUCAACCAGGACUUCCUCAUGACCGGCGUCGAAUGCGACAAGGACCUGUACUUCCUCUGCGAAAAGAAGCUGUGAUUGCUUGAGGUCCGCCCGCCGCCCUCGCUUCCCUCCCGGCCUCCCGCCUCUGCCGCCCUUCCUGCCUCUGCCUUGGGGCGGUAACAGGAUAUGAUGGCAAUACCUCUUCACAUAUACUUCUCUUAUUAUCAUUAUAUACCUUAACUGCCGCUCCUAAAUUCACUGUUCUUUAUACAUACAUACAUA